CCUGACACACUGUCAAGAUGAGCCCUUCACAGUGGGACUUUCCAGUGGAACUAUGUUGCCGGCCUAUGGCUUUUGUUACACUCACGGGCUUGGAUGUAGUAUAUAAUGCUGUUCAUCGAGCGGUUUGGGAUGCCUUUUGUGCAAACAGGAGAGCUGACAGAGUGCCAAUUUCUUUUAAAGUACUGCCUGGUGAUCAUGAGUACCCUAAAUGCAGAACAAAGAGAACAUCAUAUGAAUGGUACAUUCCAAAGGGUAUCCUGAAGACUGGUUGGAUGAACAAGCAUCUGAAUUUGGUACCUGCCCUCGUUGUGGUUUUCUAUGAGCUGGAUUGGGAUGAACCACAAUGGAAAGAAAAACAGUCAGAAUGUGCUACUAGAGUUGAAAUUGUCAGGCAGAGUUUGCAAGGACGAAACACAAAAGUUGCUGUUGUUUUGAUACAGAAGAAAACACCAUUGCCUCCAGGAGAAGAUGUUAUUGCUUCUGAGCGGGCAGCAGCAUUAUGCAAUGCUUGUGACCUGUCUGGAAAAUCACUCUUUGUUUUGCCGCAUACGGAUCAUCUUGUAGGUUAUAUUAUACGGCUAGAGAAUGCUUUCUAUGAACAUGCACAGACCUAUUACUACACAGAAAUCCGAAGAGUAAAAUCCCAUAAAGAAUAUCUAAACAAAACAACACAUCAGCUUUUGUUUGUUAGGCAUCAGUUCAAAAUAGCAUUCUUCAGUGAGCUGAAGCAAGAUACACAGAAUGCUCUAAAAAACUACAGAACUGCAUACAAUCUUGUACAUGAAUUAAGAGCUCAUGAAACAAAUAUGUUGGAAAUCAAGACUAUGGCAGGAUUUAUAAAUUACAAGAUUUGUCGCCUGUGUUUUCAACAUAAUACACCUCUGGAUGCAAUUGCACAGUUUCGAAAACACAUAGACUUGUGCAAGAAAAAAAUUGGGAGUGCAGAGUUGGCUUUUGAGCAUGCUGCCUGGAUGUCAAAACAGUUCCAAGCUUUUGGAGAUUUGUUUGAUGAGGCUAUUAAACUUGGAUUGACAGCUAUACAAACUCAAAAUCCAGGUUUCUAUUAUCAGCAGGCGGCAUACUAUGCACAAGAACGAAAACAGUUAGCGAAUAUGCUGUGUAAUCAUGAGCCUGCUACAAUCUACCCAAAUCCAGAUCCUUUGGAAACUCAAACUGGAGUGCUUGACUUCUACGGACAAAGACCAUGGAGGCAGGGAAUAUUAAGUUUUGAUCUCAAUGAUCCCGAAAAGGAGAAAGUCGGCAUUUUGGCUCUACAACUGAAAGAGAAGAAGGUUCUUCAUUCUGAGCUAAUUAUCACUUUGCUGAGUAAUGCAGUUGCACAGUUCAAGAAGUACAAGUGUCCAAGGAUGAAAAGUCACUUGAUGGUUCAAAUGGGCGAAGAAUACUACUAUGCUAAAGAUUACACCAAAGCUUUGAAACUGCUUGAUUACGUUUUGUGUGAAUACCGCAGUGAAGGAUGGUGGACCCUCCUUACUUCGAUACUGAUCACAGCCCUUAAAUGCGCGUAUCUCAUGGCGCAAAUAAAAGAUUACAUCACAUACUCAUUAGAGUUGUUGGGAAGGGCAUCUACUUUGAAAGAAGAUCAAAAAUCUCGGAUAGAAAAGAAUCUUAUCAAGGUUCUCAUGAACGAGAAUCCAGAUCCGGAACCUGACUGUGAUCCUGUUUCUGUGAAAGCUGCACAGAAGUUGUGGGCUGAUAGAGUUUCUCUGUCAGGCAGUAAUAUUUUUACCAUAGAAGUGCAAGAGUUUGUACCAUUUGUGCAAUGCAAAGCCAAAUUUCUCUCUCCAAGUUUUCACAUUGAUUCACCAGUUCAGUUUGAUAUAUUCUUGAAAGCUGAUUGCCCUCAUCCUAUCCGGUUCACUAAGCUGUGUGUCAGUUUCAAUAAUCAGGAAUACAACCAGUAUUGUGUGAUGGAAGAAGUCUAUCAAAAAAGUGAAACCUUGGAAUCAUCCACACAGGAGACAUUGUGUCUUAUCCCUGGUAAAACAAAGAAGUUCACUUUCAAAUUUGUGGCAAAAACCGAGGAUGUGGGAAAGAAGAUUGAGAUCACAUCAGUGGAUUUGCUUCUAGGCAAUGAGACCGGCAGAUGUGUGAUUCUGAACUGGCAUGGAGGAGGCGGGGAUGCGGCUUCCGCUCAAGAAGCGUUGCUGGCAGCUCGAUCCUUCAAGAGGCGACCUAAACUUCCAGAUAAUGAAGUUCAUUGGGACAGUCUCACUGUUCAGGCCAGCACCAUGAUCAUUUCUAGAGUGCCAAAUAUUUCUGUGCAGCUUAGCCAUGAACCUCCUGCCCUGACAAACGAAAUGUACUGUUUGAUUGUGACAAUCCAGUCACACGAGAAGACAGUUGCCAAAGACGUAAAGCUUACAGCUGGCUUAAAACCAGGACAGGAUGCAAACCUAACUCAAAAAACUCAUGUGACUCUCAAUGGAGCAGAAAUGUGUGAUGAUUCUUAUCCUGCUCUACUUACUGAUAUCCCUGUGGGAGAUUUGCAGCCAGGUGAAAAGUUGGAAAAAACUAUAUAUAUCCACUGUGGGACAGUUGGUACUAGGAUGUUCCUUGUGUAUGUUUCUUACCUUGUGAGUGCAACUAUUGAGGAGAAGGAGAUUCUCUGCAAGUGUCACCGGGAUGAAACUGUUACUAUAGAGACAGUGUUUCCUUUUGAUGUCACAGCUAAGUUUGUCUCAACCAAGUUUGAACAUUUAGACAAAGUCUUUGCAGACAUACCCUUUUUACUGAUGACGGAUAUCCUAAGUGCUUCACCUUGGGCCCUGACUAUUGUAACCAGCCAGCUGCAGCUUUCUCCUUCUAUGGCACCAGUGGACCAGUUAGAAUCUUACGUGGAGAAUGUUGUGUUACAGACAGGAGAGAGUGCUAGUGAAUGUUUCUGCCUUCGGUGCCCACCAGUUACGACUGGUCAGAGUGGAGUGGCUACUGGAUGUUAUGUAAUCACCUGGAAGAGGACCUCAGCUGUGAACAGCACACUUGUGGUGAACACUGUGAUCACACUCCCCCAUGUUAUUGUUGAGAGUAUCCCACUCCAUGUGAAUGCAGAUCUACCCUCAUUUGGUCGAGUUCGAGAAUCAUUGCCGGUAAAAUAUCACCUACAGAAUAAGACUAAUUUGGUUCAAGAUGUGGAGGUGUCAGUGGAACCUAGUGAUGCCUUUAUGUUUUCUGGUCUUAAGCAGAUAAGGUUGCGAAUCCUUCCUGGCACUGAACAAGAAAUGUUAUACAACUUCUACCCUCUCAUGGCUGGAUAUCAACCGUUGCCAUCGCUGAACAUCAAUCUGCUAAGGUUUCCACUUUUCACUAAUCAGAUGCUUCGAAGGUUUAUACCAACACACAUCUUUGUAAAGCCACAGGGACGUCAGCCAGAUGAUGCUUCUAUUGCUGCUGCAUAACUGAAGAGCCAUGCACAAAUGAAACAAUUUUGCACAGAAUAUAUAGGACUCAAAUUCUUUUUCAUACCCUAGAUUCUCUCAUGUCACAAGUGAAAAACUACAUUAGAUUGGUAACAAUGACAAAUAUCAGUGACAUCUCCUUUUGGACUUGAUUCUGACAAAUAAAUACACAGGAAAAAAAGUUGGUGCUUUUAUUUAACAUAUUAUUUUUGUUUCUGAUUUUCCUGAAAAUUAAGUGGAAGAGUUAUAUAUGAUGUAUAUGAAAUUUUGGGUCAAUAUGGGCGAACUUUGCAAAAAAAGAAAACAAAAUAAUUCUGGUUUCAGUGUUGCGUAGAGAUACAGUGCAUGUGGCUUUUGUGGCACUAGAUGCUCCCUCCUGCCAUGUUUUAUAGCAUUUAAAUGUUUCAUAUAGAAUAUUAUUUUGGGGCCAUUUUAUAAUCUGAGAAAAAAGGAUUCAUUUAUAUCUUAAUGUCUCAGUAGGCUCUGCCUAUCUAGGAAUGAAGUUUCCAUGUUUUGAAUGAAUAUAUGUGUCAUUUUAUGGCUAGUGCUAGAAAUAUGUUGGCUUCUCAUAGAGUUUUGCUGGCUACUCUAAAGUUGCUUUUGAGGCCUUUUUGGUUUCCUGGAAAAAGAGUACUUUUCUGAUGUGUUUAUAAUCAAAGAAGGGUUACACAACAUUGAGAAGCUGUUGGUUCCUGAAGGAAACUUUAAGCUAUGGUGCAACUCAGAGGCCAAAAAACAGGCAUUUCCAAGUACCAGUUAUUCAGUAUUAUAGAUACUCUCAUUCUAGGAGCGUAAGAGCCUCAAAUGAUAACUGUACUAGGAAAUGGUGUGCACAGGUUCUGUUGUCGGAGAAACACCUAUUUCUAAGAAAUAUUGGCCACCCAUGAAGAAGUAUGUCAUAAAACUAUAAAUAUUGUGGACUUUUACAAAUAAAGCAAAACUUUCAGUUAGGGGGCAUAUGUGUGUGCAAUCUGAUUUCUCUUUUAGCGGCUCAGGACAGCCCUGCUACCAUUUGUUGGCUCAAAAAUGCUUUGUAAGCUGUCAUCUUAAACUGAAAACCGUUUUACAGAAAAAAGCACUAAGCUGCAGCAGUAUCAUUCAGAUAUAAUACUUCUUUACCCAGUCAACCCGUCUUCAUUGGGGCUACUCCGCAUGUGGAACGCCAGUUAAAUAGUUAAGGGAAAUUUGUCCUCUCAAUGUUCAUGUAAGGCAGUAUUUAGAAAAUUAACAGUAAAUCAUGUAAAUAAAAGGUCUUUUGUGAGAUUUUUUUCAUUGUUUAAUAAAUUAAUUUAAACUUUA